AUGUGUACUAACAAUUCACUAUGUGACCCUGAUGAUCCUGUAAACCCAAUACCAUCUCUUCAGUUAGAACGAAAAGAGCGAAUACUUAAAGGGGCAUUCCAACCAAAAUUAAAAAUGUAUCCCAGGACACAGUUUGGAAAUAGAGCACGGAGUUUCCAAAGUUCCUGGUAUGAUGAUUUUAGCUGGUUAGAAUAUAGUGUGAAACUUGACAGAGCAUUUUGUUUCGUAUGUCGGAUGUUUAAUACAGCUCCAGGGUUAAAUGCCGGACAAGUAGACUUUGCUUUUUCACAAAAAGGUUUUAAAAAUUGGAGUACUUCUACUACAAAAUUUAAAAAACACCAAAAUUCAAUCUCCCAUAAUUUUAGCAUGACAGCGUAUCAUAACUUUUCAAAUUGUAAACCAAUUGAUGUUACCUUGGAUGAAUCUAGAUUAGUAUCUAUUAGUGAAAGAGAAAAGCAGCGUUUGCACAAUCGUAACAUCAUGCAUCGAUUGAUAGAUAUUACUUUGUGUUUAGCUAAAAGUGGCAAACCAUUUAGAGGGCACUUAGAAAAAAGUUCAGAUGUGUGUAAGGGUUUAUUUUUAGAUAUUGUGGACAUUUAA